AUGACAGUAGCAGCUAGCUUAGUUCAUAGACACGUAUAUGUAUGGUUUGAUGACGGUCCAACGUAUGCUCAGGUUAACCGUCACAAUAAAGGCAAAGCCAAGAAACACAAAGCUCCUGCAGCAACUGAUGAAGCUGUUUAUUCUGAAGUUAAACCAGGAACAGCUCAUGCAACUGAUGAAGCUGUUUAUUCUAAAGUUGAACCUGUUUUAGAUGACGGUCCAACGUAUGCUCAGGUUAACCGUCACAAUAAAGCCAAGAAACACAAAGUUUCCAACAAGGCUGUUGUGACUCUGCAACCCAACGGUCCUCUGAUAUACAGUGGUGAGACAAUCACUGUCAGAUGUGAGAUAGGAGGCAGAAACACUCGAUGGGAAUAUGAAUGGAGAGUAAACAACACAAACAUAUCUCACAAAGAUCAUGAAUACAAGAUUAUCAGAGCUUCUGUUUCCCACAGUGGAGACUACAGGUGUAAGGGUAGAAAGGACUCAUAUUACUCAACAGAGUGGAGUGAUGUCUCCACAUUGACAGUAUCAUCAAAUAAACCCAAACCCACACUGACAGCAGACAAAACCAUCAUACCAGUAGGAGGCAGUGUGACACUGACCUGCUCUGUGGACGGUUCUGCUGACUGGUCAUACAUGUUGUACAGACAAACCUCUGAGUCUUCUGAAGCUCAGCACAUGGCAUAUUUUAGCCAUGACGGAGACAUAAGUGUUAAUCAAGGAGGCAUCUACUACUGCAGAGGAGGAAGAGGAGACUCAGUCUUCUACACAGAGGACAGCAAUAAAGUUACUAUUCAGGAAACUGUUUCCAACAAGGCUGUUGCGACUCUGCAACCCAACUGGCCUCUGAUAUACAGUGGUGAGACAAUCACUGUCAGAUGUGAGAUAGAGAGAGGUGGAAACACUGGAUGGGAAUAUGAAUGGAGAGAAAACAACAGGGUGUCAUCUCAGAAAGACAAAGAAUUCAGAAUCAGUGCUUCUUCAUCCAGUAAUGUAAACUUCAUGUGUAAGGGUAGAAGAGGUGUUUAUUUCUCAACAGAGUGGAGUGAAGCCGUCACACUGAGACGAUCAUUGAAUAAAGCCAAGCCGACACUGACAGCAGACAAAACCAUCAUACCAGUAGGUGGCGAUGUGACACUGACCUGCUCUGUGGAUUCCUCUGCUGACUGGAAAUACUACUGGUUUAGACGUGACUCAGGUUCUUCUGCUCUUCAGCCCAUAACAAAUGUUAAACCAGUUAACAAGGUCUCAGAAGGAGGCAUCUAUCAGUGCAGAGCAGGAAGAGGAGACCCAGAGAUCUUCACAGAGUACAGCAGAGCAGUCACUGUUAGGAAAACUGUCACAAAUAAGGCUGUUGUGACUCUUCAACCCAACUGGACUGAGAUAUACAGUGGAGAGACGAUCAUGCUGAGAUGUGAGAUCCAUGAUGGAGACACAGAGUGGGAGUAUGAAUGGAAGAGUCCUCGUUACACAUCUACAAAUAACCAUGAAUACAUGAUUAGCAAAGCUUCUUCAUACCACAGUGGAAACUACAGGUGUAGAGGCAGAAAGAAAAAUGCAGAACGUAUUUCAACAGAGUGGAGCGCUGACAUCAAAUUGACAGUAUCUGAUAAUCCACCAGCAGCUGUCCUCACUGUGUCUCCAUUAUGGCUGAGUCCUGGAGACUCAGUAACUCUGAGCUGUGAGGUUGAACAUCCAUCUGCAGGAUGGAGGUUUUACUGGUAUAAGACUGUUCCCAAACUAUCAGACAACUUCUACAUCUAUGAGCUGCUACCUGGUAGCAUCAAUGGGACUGAACAGGAUUCCUACAUCAUUCAUGGACCGACACACACAGCAGGAUAUAAGUGUAGAGCUGGAAGAGGAGACCCAGUGUAUUACACUCAAUACAGCAAACCUGGGUUUGUUUGGUCUGGAGAUGUUCAUUCAGCAGUGACUCUCAAAGUGAGUCCUGACAGAGUGCAGCACUUCACCUCUGACUCUGUCUCACUGAGCUGUGAAGGAAACUUUACUGAGUGGAGAGUGAGGAGGUUUCCUGAGGAUCGCUACAGGUCAGACUGUUAUAACUGGAGGUCCAUGACUGGAUCCACAUGCAACAUCAGCAGUUCACAGCAGAGUGAUGCAGUGUACUGGUGUGAGUCUGGAUCAGGAGAGUUCAGCAAUGCAGUCAACAUCACUAUACAGAGAGCAGAUAUUAUCCUGGUGAGCCCUGUGCAUCCUGUGACUGAGGGACAGUCUGUUACUCUUGGCUGCAAACUGAAGAGAGGACAAUUACUUUCCAACGUGUUUUUCUAUCAAAAUGACAAACUUAUCCAAAAUGAUACCAGAAGAGAGCUGAAGAUCUCUGCAGUGUCAAAGUCAGACGAAGGUUUCUACAAGUGUGAAUACUCAGGAGAAGAAUCAGCACAGAGUUGGAUGUCAGUUCAGGCAGUGUCCAGGCCUGAAAACUCUUCAUCUCUUAUACGAUUAAUUGUUGGGCUGGUUUGUGGAGUUGUAUUUAUUAUUCUCCUGAUCCUGUUGUAUCUCUACAGACGAUCCAAAGAUUCUCACUCUGUCAGACCAAUCCAGUCUGAGAGCACCAAUCAGGACUCUGCCACACAUCACAUGGUCAACCUGAAUGAAACUCAAGAUCCCAUCUACAAUUCUCUUCUUCAUGGUGAUGUUUGUGUCUAUGAAUCAAUCAGAGGCUCUGAACACCCUGAAAACGAUUCACACUCUGUCAGACCAAUCCAGUCUGAGAGCACCAAUCAGGACUCUGCCACACAUCACAUGGUCAACCUGAAUGAAACUCAAGAUCCCAUCUACAAUUCUCUUCUCCAUGGUCAGUCUUCAAACUAA